AUAGGAGGUACAGCAGUGUGUCUGUGGGACUUCUGUCUGUGCUGCCAACCUACCCGCCUCACAUCACUACAUCACCACCGCCCACCGCAGCACAAGUCAGGAAACCAGUCCCCCUCUGCGCCCUGAGCCCGGCUGAGAUUUAAGAGCUCCACCGUCUCUCUCAUCAGCGCGCCCCGACUGUAUGUGGAGCUGUCCAAGUUAGCUGCUUUUUACUGCGUUACGCUCACUGCGACUGUCCAUCCGAAAAAAUGGCAACCCAGAUUGACAAAGAAGCUUGCAGAGAAGCUUACAAUGAUGUGCGGGACGACAAUACAGAAACCAAUUGGGUUGUGUUUAAAUACGAUGGCUCUAUGAUCGUGCCUGGAGAACAAGGAGUUGACUAUGAGGAUUUCAAGAGACUGUGCACAGAUGAUGCCAGGAUUUUCGCAUUCCUCAGAAUCACAACAGGUGAUGCCAUGAGCAAACGGGCCAAAUUCACACUCAUCACCUGGAUUGGCGAGUGCAUCAGCGGACUGCAGCGUGCCAAAGUCAGCACAGACAAAUCACUGGUCAAAGAGGUAGUCCAGACCUAUGCCAAGGAGUUCUUGAUUAGUGACCCGAAAGAGCUGGAGGAGGACUAUAUCCGCGAAGAGCUGAAGAAAGCAGGGGGCGCUAACUACGACGCUCAGGCUGAGUAGACCCCACAGCGUUGCAGGGGUCUGGGGUCCGAGGGGGAGUGAGGGGGAGUGAGGGGCUUGGGAGGGGAGUGUCAGUGCUGCUACCUCUGGGCGAGAGGGACAGGCAGGAGGGAUGGUACACUCCACAAAUAUUAGGCACUUUACUACGAAGUAAAGAUGAAUGUUACCUGUUCUGUUACAAGGACACAGGUGCUUCAAAACCAGAGCUAACCCUUGUUACAGCCACAUUUCACAUUUUUGGAUCAUUUGCAAAGCAGGUACACAGAGAAUCACAGAGUAUGAUGGACAACUUUUUUAAAUUAUAGGUCUGGGCACCACUGAGUAUGCUGAUUAUUUCAAAAAAUCUCUUGCCAAAUUAAAUAAUUAGCCACUGCAGUUUUCACUCGGCAGAAACCACACAUGAUAUAAAGGUUGACAAAGAUCAGAAAAGGCCAAGAUUGCAGCUGGUAGAUUUUUAAGAUGAUUAUUCUUUUCAUUAUACCAGCUUGCUUGAGUUUUAUUCAAUGUGUUACAGUGGGACAUUAUAUAAUAUUGUAAAAUAUGUUAUAAUAACACACUGUAGCUUAACCAAAUGAAAAACAAAGCAUAUUAUUGAUGCCAGAGUGGUUUGCAGUGUGUCCCUGCCCUGCCCCCUCUUGACCAGUUUGAGUAUGCACAUGGGUAUGUCAUCUCAAAUACAUCUUCGCCUCAGUGUCAGUGGAGAAACUUGAAGUUCUACUAAGGCUUAGCACUGUUAGCUUCAGUGAUCUUCUGAGGAUGUGGAACAUGUUUCUGAGUGUUGUACUUUUUAAACAUCAAUGUGUGAGGUGAGCAUUUGAAAAAGCUCUUCAUUGUAGCAUGUGUUUGACAACACAACAUGCACUGAGUCAAAGACACUGUGCCUCCAGGACCAUCAGACCUCCAUUGAUCCAGAGGGAGCUGGCGUGAAUCUUGUUGUAGCUGUGAGAAAUUGCAUAAUUUUGUACCUGUGACCUGAUAUCCAUAGACAUCCUCUCGGCAGCUGUCAGCUCAUUUCACUGACAGUGCAGGUCUUAUAGUCCUGGACUUUCAUCUCAGUCUUAAUGUAUCCAUGCAUACUGUAAUUUACUGUGUUUGCUGCCUUAGUCUCCCAUGGAGAGGGGCAUGAUGGGAGUUCGUGGACGCUACACUGUGAUUGGCUACCCUUCUUCCACACUAAAGGGGCAGCUUUCUGGUGGUAAUAUCUCUUUGCAUUUGAUCCAGACCCUGUCUCUCUACAUGUACCGGAAAUAUGAACUUAGGACUUGUUGUAAUUUUUAAUAAAUCUGUAAAAUGACUUUUUAUUUUUCCUGUCCAUUUCAUUUGGAAACAUGGUUUCUCAUCUCAAUAUUUGUGAAAGAGAUUUUGAAAUUAUUUAGGAAGAUACUACAAGGACUGAACUGGGCACAAAAUUAGUCGUUUCAAAUAAAAUUGAUGUUUUUCCAAAAAA